AUGGACAUGUCAGACAUGUCAACGACAAUGUCCAUGGCGACAACAACGGCAAUGUCAAUGGGCACAACGACGGGCAUGUCUAUGGCAGCAUCAACCUCAUCAUCCAUGUCUGAUAUGUCCAUGUCAAUGGCUGACAUGGUAAUGACCUUCUUCGUCUCGUUCAAAACACCUCUCUUCUCCACCGAGUGGACGCCAGAAACGAAAGGCCAGUACGCCGGGACAUGUAUCUUCAUCAUCGCGCUAGCAGUUAUCAUGCGCGUUCUGUUGGCCUGCAAGCCGAUCUUCGAGGGUCGUUUGUGGACGGAUAGCAUUCAUGAUCAUGCGCUUCAUGGUCACUCACAUGUCGAAGCUGGCAAGUCACCUCGGACUCCAUCUGGGGUACGGAUGAGUGCACAGGAAAUUGGGAGUCGAUGGGCAUCGUGGCGUGUGAACCCUGCUGCUGGUCGGGCGACGUAUGAGGUUAUUCUUGCUGGUGUGGCUUAUCUUCUAAUGCUUGCGGUGAUGACGAUGAACGUUGGCUAUUUCAUGUCAGUCCUAGGGGGUGUCUGGCUAGGGACUUUCAUGUUGGGGAGUGUGGCAGCUGAUAGCAGAUGGAUGCAUUGUUAG